CAUAACUCACGACACGACGGAAAGUAAAGCACAGAAAGCAACAACGUGUUGGAUGUCCCAUAUUUCGAAAACUGGAUUUGCUUCAACGAAAUUUCGAGUGGAAAAUCUUUUGGACCAUAAAAUGGCUUACGCAAACACGCUGGCAUUGUUAUUGUUGCUGGAUUAGAAGGACAUUUUGAUUAUAGUCGAUUGACAACGACAAACAAAAGUCAAGUGUUAUUAUUGGGCACGUUGUGCUCAAGUAGUGAAGUAGCUGCAGUCAGAGUGUGAGUGUGUGUGUGAGUGUAAGUGAGUGUUAUUGUAUAAUUAGCAGAAUGCGCAAUUGUUUGCCAAAAAUUGCGAGUGUUUUUCGCAUUAAAUCGUCGUCAGCGGCCGCCCAUUCAAAUGAGUCGGACGAAGACUCUGAUACUGAUCGCUAUAUCAGAGCAAAACCAACAGCAACAACAACAACGACAACAGCUACAGCAGCAGCAGCAACCACAACGACAUCGACAACGAUAACAUCAGCAGUCACUACGGAAUCUGAUCAAUUGCUCGAUAAUGGCAAUAAAAAGCCACAACAACAACAACAACAACGAUCCGCAGCCAAAGCGACGACGACGACGACAAAAACGGCUGAUGACGUCGAUAAGAACCGGCUGAUAAGCGAUGUUAGCACAGCUAAUACGAAUUCUAAUGGCUGGGAUUUAGAGCAAAGUCACAAGGAAAGCAUUACAAAUGGCAGCAUCCGGCUGCGACAGCGGCAAUGGCAGCAACAGCAACAGCAGCAGCAAGUGUACGACAAGAAUUUGGACACGGAAAUGAAGGUACCUGGCGUUGAGAUUUCAUUAGCAACGCCAGUGCCAGCAAUGCCAAUGCCAUCACAUGGCCGACUGAGCAACUCCAGUAAAACGCCCGAGCAAAUGGAAUUGGAGUACGAGGCGAAUGUGGCUGCUGAGCGUGGGGACAUAAUGACGCCGUUGCCACGCGACCCAAGGCCACAAGGAAUGACCUUCGCAGGCGAUGCUGCUGCUGCUGGUGUUGGUGUUGGAAUGGGAAUGGGAAAUAACAGUGUUGGAGGAGGACGCAAUAUGCAGCCGGAAAUAGUCGAGGCCAUACGCAAUCUGGACGCGCAGGCAUUACGCCUGAACAAUCUCACACUGGAAGAUAGAUGCCAGCUAACAACGCAGCAGGAAAACAAACCGGAUGACGACACAGAUUACGUGGUCCUGCGUCGCCCACAGAAGCAUCAUCCAUUCGAUCGCCAGUGUCACAGUCUCUACGAACGGCGACUGUACAAGGGACCCAAGCUACAUCUUUGGGUGGGCAAUGGCAAGAAGCCAUCGCCAAGUGACGAUGACGAUUUGAAGACAUUUCAGCGCAAUCUCAUGGACUUGAAAUAUCCAACCGUGCUACCACCGAAUCCUCAACUUAAGGCGCUUUUAGUUUUUCACAAAUCGGAUAGCAUCUGCGAAGUGGUCACCUUGGCCUGUCAGCGCCAUCAAUUGGACGUAACGCUGGUCAAAUCCAAGGAGGAGGCGCUCGACACUCUGCAAAAGUCAUAUGCCACAGCGCAGUGCUAUCACCUAAUUAUAAUUGAUGCGCGCUCCACAAAAGGUCUCGAUGCCGAGCACAUUGCAAGAACAAUACGUCACACACAUGGACAUCAUUUAACGACAAUAAUUGCGGUCUGUAAGAAGAGUUUCUUUGAAAAGGAUGACGCGCUAAUUGCUCUAUUGGACGCUGGCGUUAAUAGAUGCAUUGCCGAGACAACCAACUUGGCCAUGUGCAGCGUGGAACUGAAGCAGAUACUGCACUCAAUCAUAAGGCCCCAUAAUGUCAUGUCCACUCAACAGGCACUCUAUACGGCACUGCAUCGGCUGAAGGAGGUGGUGCUCAUCACGGACGACUUGCUGCGCAUACAGUACGCGAAUCGUGCCACAGAACGUCUGCUCAACAUGCGGCUGGACGAAAUAAUUAGCAAGCCAUUAGCGGACAUCUUUGUCUCCGAUCUGUCCACCAUCAGUGAGCAGGGCAAGAGCAUCAAGGAGUUUGAUGGCAUAUUGACGGUGCGCCGCAAAAACCAGGAGGGCAUCCCCAUGCACGUGCGUGUCGUGCCUGUGGCCUGCAUUGGCAGCGCUCCCACACAUCUGAUUUUCAACUUUGAUAUACCCGGUGGCGGUAUGGACUUUAUUGCCACACUGCCGCAGCCAAAGGAGGCGCCACGCGGCUCACUGCAUUCGGUGCGUCGCUGCAGCUUUGAUGUUCGCUCCAUUGCCUCCGAUGGACUGCGACGCACCAGCUUAGCCAAGCUGACAUCGCUGCCCCUCGAGGCGCCCAUUACCAAAAUAAUCAAUUUACUAUCACAAGUACAGGAGAAUUGUUCAGCCGACGAGGCACGCCUCAUCGACAAGGUCUUGGAGUUCCUCAAACGCGAGGGACUCUACAGUCCCCAAAUGAAGGAGAUACGCACCGAUGAUCCCAUUGCAACCGAUCUAAUUGGCGCUCUCUUAACGGGCCCCAGCGUUUACUCGUCCCGUCGCAGCUCGAAUGACUCCAUCAUCCGCACUGGCAACUCUACGCGAACUGCGAUUGUGCCCGCCAAGAUGAAGGCAAAUCCCAUUGUCAUGGAACUGCUUGAAGAAUCUCUUAGCUGGGACUUUGAUAUUUUCAAAUUGGAAGAGAUCACCGAUUACCAUCCACUGCUGUACUUGGGCAUGGAAAUGUUCCGGCGCUUCGAUGUCUUUGCCACACUGAAUAUUGAUGAGAACGUAUGCAAGGCCUGGCUGGCCGUUAUCGAGGCACACUAUCAUAAGAGCAACACAUAUCACAACAGCACACACGCCGCAGAUGUUAUGCAGGCAACGGGCGCGUUCAUCACACAGCUGACCAACAGAGAGAUGGUUAUGGAUCGAAUGGACGAGGCCACCGCCUUGAUUGCGGCCGCUGCCCACGAUGUCGAUCAUCCGGGGCGUUCCUCAGCCUUCCUCUCCAAUUCGAACAAUCCGCUGGCUAUAUUAUAUAACGAUCUAACAGUGCUGGAGAAUCAUCAUGCGGCCAUCACUUUUAAGUUGACGCUGGGUGAUGACAAGAUCAACAUAUUCAAGAACCUCGAUAAGGAAACCUACAAGUCAGCGCGCAGCACAAUUAUCGAUAUGAUUUUGGCCACCGAAAUGACGCGUCACUUUGAGCACUUGGCCAAGUUUGUUAGCGUCUUUGGCAGCGAGGUUGAACCGCGUGAGCUGGUGCAGUCGGAGGAGGAGACCUCGAUACUCAUGCGUCGCAUGCUCAUCAAGGUGGCCGAUGUGAGCAAUCCAGCCCGGCCAAUGCAGUACUGCAUCGAGUGGGCGCGUCGCAUUGCCGAGGAGUACUUUAUGCAGACGGACGAGGAGAAGCAGCGGCAUCUGCCCAUCGUGAUGCCCAUGUUCGAUCGUGCCACAUGCAGCAUACCAAAGAGCCAAAUUGGUUUCAUCGAAUACAUAAUACAGGACAUGAUGCACGCCUGGGACAGUUUCAUUGACAUGCCACAGCUGAUCACGUGCAUGCAGAUCAACUACUCACAGUGGAAGAAAUACGAUGAGCAGGGCGUGAACACGCUGGCCGAUAUAAUGGCCAAGCAGCCGCCUGUGGGCAACAAGCCGUCCAAUUCCAAAUAGCAUACGGCUUUCCGGAGAAUAUUCUCGGGUUUUCUGAAGCCGCUGCCGGCCCAGGCGCCUGCCACAUCCACAAUUGGCGAGAACGAAAUGGAGGAUAUGCUCUAGUGCCGGCGCAGCCGGUCUAGGAGCUGCAACUUGCGUCGCACUCUCUCGGCAUAGAUCUGCAUAGAAUGUUCUUGUUUUCUUGUCGUUUGUUGCAUACACAUAUCUCGACUAAAUAACGCUUCCACAACUGCCUUGUGUACGUGCACGUGUGUGUGUGUGAGUGUCCCAAAGGAUGUGCAAAAGGAUUUACUGCAACACACACACAUACAUAGACAGUACACAUGCAGGCUAACAAAUACAAAAAACUGUCGCAAAUGUUUGAAGAGCAAAAACAAAAAACUAAAAAAAAAAACAAAAAUUAUUGGGCUGGACUCAAAAUUUAAUAUUUAAGUAACAUCACAAAAACAAACAUAAAAUUGUAUGUGUGACUGACUGCGUGAAUGCGUGCCUGUAUGUGUGAGUGAGUGUGUCUGUCUGUCGUUUUGCUAUAUAUGAAUAAAAUACAAAAUACAAAUACAACAAAAAAAAAAGGAAAAUACAACAACUAGCAAACAUAGUGAAAUCCUGCUGCUCCUCUUCGGAGGGAGGCAGCGAGGCGUGCGCUCAAGAGUACCUAAAAUGGUAUAAAAAAGCAUAAUCAACACUUGCAUACUGCAUGUAUACAUGUACAAUGUGUAGUAGUAUGUGUGUGUCUACAUAUAUUCCUUCUACUCCCCACCCUUUCACACACGAUGACAAUCUCUAUUAAAUGGCAUAAAUAUCUACCACAUAGUUUAAAUGUCCAAACUAAAUUUUAAAUUAAGGCACAAUAUCAAGGCCAUAGCUAGAAGACGGCUGUAUGAGUGUGUGAGCGUGUGUGUGUGAGUGUAUGUGUCUCCAGGAAUGAAAAGAGAAUGAUGGAAUGCUAAGAAGUGCAGAGUGCAAACGAACUAUUGCUAGUAUUAGACAUCUACAAUGCUAUAACUAUAAAAAAUAUCUGAUUAGCAAAGCAACAACAACAAAUUCGAAUCCACAAAAAACGUAACGUGUGAAAACAAUCUAUGGGGCCCGUUACAAUUACCUUCUAUCUACACAAUAUUAUGAACUAUCCCAUAUACCUACAAUAUAUAUAUAUAUAUAUACUAUAUAUGAUUAAUAUUGAUGUAAAUCUAUGAAGAAUCAAGCUACAUGCAAAACCAUUUAUAAUUAAGUGAAUCCUUUUUGAAAUCUUUUUUAUCUAAUUGACUGAACAAAUUACAUAUUAUACAUUAUAUAACAAGUAAAUUAAUACGAAUCGAUAAUACGUUCUUGUUAAAAUAAACAACAUGAAAAUGGAAAUGAAAUUGAAAGUAUGGUAAAUAAAUGAAAGCAAAGGCAGAAUAAUAAGAGUAUAUUAUGAUAUAUACAAUUUAUAUACAACUUUUACGAAGCAUAAGCAUAUUCAAAGAAUAUAUUUAUAUAUUAUUAUUAUAUAUGUAUGUAUGUAUAUAUGUACACAUAUGUGUGUGUGUGUGAGAGUGUGUAUGUGCACGCGGAACACUAUAUCAAAGAACACAUUCAACAUUCACACUGUUAUUUGUAUCUGUUAUAAACAUUUUUGAUACAGUUUAUAAACGCGACUCGAACCCAAGAACCAAAUGCAAAUUUGUCAAAAAGUUUUCUAAAUCCAUCACACACACAUACACACACACACACAUAGAGACUGUACACAAAUACAGAUAUACGAGAGUGCAUAUAUACAUACGUUUAUUGUUGUUAAUGUGUGUGUUUAACGUACGUUUGUGUAUGUGUGCAAAUGACAUGCAUACGCAUCUUAAUAAGUAUUUACAAACAAACAAAAAAAAGAAGAAAAACAAAAAAAAAACACAAAAUGAAAGCGAAAAAGAAACAAUUAUUUUUAAAUACGAGCUCUUUAAACAAAUGCAUCAAAAA